AUGAAGACCAAGGAAUGCACCAUCUGCGCGGGCGACGUCUUCGCCAACCAGUUCCCAAAGAUACCACACGCUGACGCUGCUGAGCAUGCUCGUGAUGUCUGCUUCAAGUGCUGGGAGCAGCAUCUUCAUUCCGAGCUGGAGAACAAGGAAUGGAAUCAGAUCAGCUGUGCUCAGUGCGACCACAUCUUGACCGAGGCAGAGAUCAAGAAGCUUGACACGAGCUUCAUCUCUCGGAUCUAUCAGCAGUGGCUCGACAAAGCGGCGAAGGCCUUCAGAGAGCGCGACGAAGAGUUCAGAGAGUGCCCAUCCGCUACCUGCAGCUACGGCUAUUUCCACUCCACCAAAGAUGACGGCAACAUCUUCCGAUGCCAGCUCUGCGAGUCCCGCUACUGCGUGCUCUGCGAGGUCCCAAUGCACGAGAACAUGACCUGCGACCUGUACCGCGAGAGCAAGCGUCAGGAGGCGGAAGCCGAGAACGAUCGCAAGCGCAAGCGCGAGAUGGCGGAUGAAGAGGAACUGUCGGCGAAGAAAGUCAAGGCGGUUUCGAAGAAGUGUCCCAAUCCCAAGUGCGGCAUCAACCUGGACAAGUACACAGGCUGCGACCACGUUACCUGCCGCAAGUGCAAGCACGAGUUCUGCUGGCUCUGCUUUGCGCCGUACAGUGGUCCUCAGGGCAUUCGCAAGAUCGGGAAUCGUGCUCAUAGCCGCAGCUGUCGAUACCACCCCAGCGCUCUGCCAGACUAUCGACCAGUUGCAGUAGCAACUCCAGGUUGGCUCUGA